AAUAAACCCAAUUAAAAAAAUUGUUAAUUGCAAAUAUCGUAUGAAUUGUAUAAAUUUUGAGAAAUUAUUAAUCAUGUCAAAAAAUUAAAUAAAGGAAGGUGGCCAAAUAAAGUUGGAAUAUUUAGUCUCAGGUAAAGACGGAGAACAUAUUUUAAAGUUGAUGUACAAUAGCCUGGAAAUAAAAAUGUCAACUAAAUUGGAACCGGAGGAGCAAAAUAGUCAAGAUUCUAAUAGCGUGCAAGUUAUGAAUAAUUCUAACAGUGUGCUUGAGAAGAUUGCUAAUCUAUAUGCCGAGCAGUUAAUGUCCGAUAUUAUAUUGGUGGUGGGAGAAGAACAAUAUCCAGCGCAUCGAGUUAUUUUAUGUGCCAGUAGCGAUGUGUUUCAAGUUAUGUUAAUGAAUCCCGAAUGGAAUGAAUGCCGCAAACGUGUUAUUGAAUUGGUAGAGGAGCCCUGCUGUGAAGCCGUAUUCCCACAAUUUUUAAAAUACUUAUAUGUGGGUAAAAUGAAUAUAUCACUUAGUACGGUGAUGCCUAUGCUCGUUUUAGGACAUAAAUAUAAUGUUAAAGACUUAGUGGAACUAUGUGUGGAUUAUAUGAUGAAGCACAUCGCAAAAGCUGCUACACAAGGCUUUUUGAUUUCUUGGUUGCAAUAUACAAUCGCUUUUACACCACAGCACAUAGAGCUAACGGAGGCUUUAAAACGUUUUCUAAAAUGGAACCUUGAAAUGGUGUCCGAGGCAAGAGAUUUCGUCGAAAUGGACGAAGCUGUAAUGGUGCUGUUAUUGCAACAAAACGACUUAGUAGUCAGUAGCGAAUAUCAACUGUUUAGCAUACUUCAAAAUUGGUUACUGCGGCGCAAAGAUUUAAUUGACAACGAUGAAAAUAUACCGGGCAAUGAGAAACAGGAACAUUUUAUUAAUCUUAUCGAGCAAACCGUUUUCCAUAUACGAUUUCCGAUGAUGACACCACGUGAAUUAGCCCAUCUGCUUAUAUUUCCGAUUCUGGAACAUCAUAAAGAAUUCAUAGUACAACGUUUAGCAAUUGGCAUGUCGUAUCAAUCCGGUCAAGAAGAGCGCGUAAUGGAAAUACGAAAUAGUCCGGAAGGCUGUUUGCAAUUUACACCCCGUCUAUAUUUGAAUGACACAUGGAGCGUCGGAAUUGAAGUGCAGAAUUUUAAUCGGCUCGAUAAUUACGUCUACUAUGUAAAAUGCUUUUUUUCGCAAGGUCAUAUUGCUGAGACAGAAGAUGAUCAACCUAUAACUUGGGAGAUAGAAUUCUAUCCAAAAGGUGUAAAAUACGGUAGAGCUAAAAUGGUUUGGGGAGAAGACGUGCCCGAAGUCUCACUAAAUACUGUACGCUUAAGGGUAACUUGUCGGUAUCCGCAAAUAGAGGAGCAACGUUUCAAAAUUGCUGCUCUCAUUACGGGUGUUCAGAAUAAAGUCAAUCAUAUAUUAACGUUACACGAACGUACCGAGUACUUUUCCCGCGAACACAGAAUUCUUAACAUGGACAAUUUAAUCCCGUACGACGAAUUGGCUUUAUCUUCCAUAAAUCUAUCGCCUCAUUUAGUGGGCCCUAAACGCAAUGAUUUAUUAUUACAAGUUAUAAUAGCUCCAAUGGGCCCCUAUACCUGCCGCGAAGCUCCGCCAUUUGAUUUUAAAUAAAUCAGGAAAAUGUUUCGCAUCACCCCGUAUAAUAUUUAUUUCUUAUCUUUCUUAUAUUUCGUUCAAUGUAAUGAAAACUAAGUCAAACAUUUGUCGCAUUAUAUAAUUUU